UCCCACAGCUGGAGGCCAUACAGCAGCAGAGCACCCCUGCACUCUAGGAGGACAGAAUUCGGAGGUUCGAGCGACCAAACUGCAGGUGCUGGUGCUCACGUCACUGAUUUCUUGCCUGAGUUUAGCUAAAUCACCUUAAGCCUUCUAUUUGCACCCCUGAAACUUCAGAUUUCCUCUUGCGAGCUUUCCCUGGGAGGUUCGUGUCUUUGUCAGUGACAAGAUGACAAUUCAUAUUUUUACCAAAGGAUCCAGUGAGUCAUCCAACUAACUCCGCUGAAAUACAUGCUUUCCAAUCGUCCUGCCACGUUAGCCAAUCGACAUCACGAUGACUGAGGACUUAGACCACAGAUUCAGUAGUCUCACCUGGGAUCAGAUUAAAAUCCUGGAUCAAGUUUUAGCUGAGGUCAUACCUAUUCAUGGGAGAGGCAAUUUUCCAACCCUGGAUGUAAAGCCAAAGGAUAUCAUUCAUGUGGUAAAGGAACAGCUCAUUGAAAAGCAAAUCAACAUCAGGGAUAUCCGCCUGAAUGGUUCGACAGCCAGUCACAUCCUAGUAAAGCAGAACGGAACCAGUUACAAGGACCUAGACAUCAUUUUUGGGGUGGAACUUCCAAGUGAGCUUGAGUUCCAGGUUGUUAAGGAAGCAGUUCUUAACUGCCUAUUGGACUUCUUGCCAAAAUGUGUUAAUAAGGAAAAAAUCACCGCUCAGACCAUGAAAGAUGCCUACGUGCAGAAGAUGGUCAAAGUCUCCACCGACCACGACCGCUGGAGUCUCAUCUCGCUGUCAAACAACAGCGGCAAGAACGUGGAAUUAAAGUUUGUCAACUCGCUCAGACGGCAGUUUGAGUUCAGCGUGGACUCCUUCCAGAUCAUACUGGACUCCAUACUGAAUGUUUACAGAGCAACAGACUGCAAACUGACAGAAGACUCUCACCCCACUGUCAUCGCCGAGAGCAUGUAUGGAGACUUCAACGAAGCAAUGGACCACUUGAAGUACAAACUGAUUUCCACACGGAACCCGGAGGAGAUCAGAGGAGGUGGCCUCCUGAAGUACAGCAAUCUCCUGGUUCGUGACUUUAAGCCGGCAGAUGAGGCUGAAAUUAAAUCUCUGGAACGCUACAUGUGCUCCAGGUUCUUCAUUGAUUUUCCAGAUGUUGCUGAGCAGCAAAGGAAAAUUGAGUCAUAUCUGCGCAACCACUUCAUUGGGGAAGAGAAGAGCAAGUAUGACUACUUGAUGACUCUGCGUGGAGUGGUAAACGAGAGCACAGUCUGUCUCAUGGGACACGAACGAAGACAAACUCUGAAUAUGAUCACAAUCUUGGCUUUGAAAGUGCUCGGAGAACAAAAUAUCAUCCCAAACGCAGCUAAUGUAACAUGCUAUUAUCAGCCUGCUCCAUAUAUCAGUGACAGAAACUUCAGCAAUUACUACAUUGCUCACGGACAACCGCCUAUCAUCUACCAGCCAUACCCAUUUCACAUACAGAUGCAAAGCGGCAUGGUUUAGGAACACGAUAACCUCCUCAGCACUUAGGCUCGUCUCUCUUUCCAGUUCUCGCCGUAAUAAAGGCCUCAUUAAAGCAACUUUUAUCAUCACUUUUGAUUUAAGGACAUAUUUUUGUGCAAGUUGCCAAAGUUAUUUAUUUGGUCAAUGUCUAAAUCACCAUUAAGCAGAUCGUAAAAUAAGUGAAACGUCUAUCAUUCAUGAAGUAUUUAUACCCUUAUGUGUGUUUGGGCUAUAUUUUUUUUUUUUCAAUGUAAAGAGAAGGAUAUAAAUUAUUCUAAUUUUAUAAAAUGAGAUGCACUAAGUUCUGGAUUCUAAAAGAUUCUUAAGCAAAAUUAAAAUAGUUUAAAAGAAAAAUUAAGCCAAGAAAAUACCUCUCAGUAGAAAUGCCUGAUUUUAGAAGAGUUUGUGUUCUGGGUACGUUGAAGUAGACCAUCUUAUCAGUUAUAUCCGUGCAGUUCCAGCAACAUUUAUUUGCAGCACCUUUUGAAAAUACACACUGAUGGGCUGUCUCUUGGUGGUUUGAGCUCUGCUUUACAGGCUCUGGUUGGAUCCCAUCAGAGAUGUGAGGUCCCUCUCCUCUCCAGAGGACUGUUUAAUAACAGUUAGCAGGAAACAUCCCUAGCGAGAGCAGGCUCAGCAUUUUUGCGUAUCCAAAAUUUCCACUGAUCCAAGUGAGAGAUUCAGCUGCUUAAGUAAUGCAGCGUUGGACCCCAGGAUCUGCCUCACAGAUAAUGAAAGUUGUAAGAGAUGCAACUAUUUUGGUUAAAUUGGUCUUGAAAAACAAGGUAAUAGCAUGAGAAAGAAGGUGAAAAUUGAGCACAUAGGGUUUGCUUUCUAUUGCUAAUUUGUUAUUGAUCAGAGAUGCUUUAAUGCAUAAUAAACAGAGUCAGGAAAAAACAAAAAGCCCAGGACUGUGGGUUUUUUUAGGUGAAUUAAAACAAAUCCUUGGCAGUGGCAUUUGAAAAAAUAUUUUAUACUAGCAAUGUCCUGUAUAUGUUUAAAUAUCUGCACACAUACACUAGUAGCAAAUGACGAUUUCUCUUACGAUCAGGAAGUAAAACCUUAGUUACAAGUUUUUUUGGGGGUGUUUACCAAAGAUAAGUUUUAAACAUGUCACAUAAGUGCCUCCCUGUGCCAGUUGCUCCAUGAAAGUCGUAAUGCUGUUGGCAAUCGUGCUAGAGAGCACCUGAAUUGCAAAAAGGGCAACGUAAGCCCAUGGUAGUUCCACCGAUGGGUCACAAAGCGUUUGUAGCGCUGAAGGUCAGAGAGGUUUGCACCAUUUGCUUCAGGUUUGGGACAGAUGGAUGUAAGGUGUCCUCAGCAAAACUCCUCCAGUUUAGAUGCUGAAUAUGGUACAAGAAGGAAUAGAAGUGAAGAGGAGAUUUGGAAUGGGUGUGGGUGUAAAAUUGGAACAGCCAACUGGACACGCAAGCAGUAGAGUUUCUUGCAUCUGAUGCUUAACACGUCACCGUGUCAUACUCUGAGUCCAUUCCUGGUACAUCACUGUGUGUCCCCCUUGUCAUUUCAAAAACACCAACUACAUUUUUAUCUAUUUACAACAGGUGUCAGGUCUUAGAAAUUUCUGCUACUUGGGAAAGAGUGUAUGAUUUAUUUUACACAGAAAUAUGCUACGCACCACUAUUUUAAAUCAAACAUUUCUAGAAUCUCUAAGGUCUAUGAAGUCCUAUUACCAGUGAAAUGUAGCUUUCCUUUUUCCCAUCGUAUGCCUGUACAGUAGAACAAAGAUCUGUUUAAAGACAACUUUGCUGACCAUCAUCACUAAAGUCACCUCUUUUCUGUAAAAUAUAGUGCAAAAACCAGUGUUUCUGUAACAUAAGAAGGGUAUACUAAUCUACUUGGAAGCUGAUUCAUUUUAUGAUGUCUUUCAUCAAUAUAGUACUACUAUUUUUGCUAAUUUUUCAAGUAUGUCAAGUUCCAUGUCUAAAAGCACACUUUAUUCCACUUCCACUAGUAUCUUUCCAUUGGCUAAACUAUAAUUAAUAAAAAUCAGCAGUUUUAAUUGCUAUGUUAUCAAAUACGAUAACACCCUAUUUGCAUGUAAGCACUUCUAGGGAUUUCCCCCUGUCGGAAGCAAAAUGGACUGAAACAUGACAGAUUCCUUUUUUUUUUUUUUUUUAAUUGGACUGUUUAGAGUUCAAAGGGAACUUUUACAUUUAUUUUGGUAUUUGCCAAAUUAAAUAGCACUGUGAAAUUCUGUAAGAGCCUUAUGUAGGUCAUGUCCCUGCUAACGCUUGGGCUUCAACCCUUGGCACGUGUGAUCUGCGGGGCUGAAGAGCUGAAAGCUGGACUGGGCACAGCUGGGACUUUCCACUGAAAUUGCAGGGGGUCAGGCAUCCAAAUGCCUUGAGUUUCAGGAGGAACUGGGCUCCUAAACUCCCUAAAUUUGGUUUAAAAUCUUCAGUCCAUCUGCAUUGGCCUGUGACCUUAAUGUAAGGUAGCCACAUCAACUUGUUACUCCUCCUGGUUUCCUUGCUUGCUGGGUGGAGAAAUGGGUUGAUCUCCUCAAGAACUGGGAAACAGGCCAGCCCAGAAGGAGUGUUUUCAACAUGAUCCAUUACCUGGAGAAAUAUUUCAAAAAGUUAGGUGUUUGGUUUUUUUUUUAACAAACAAGUAGAAACAUGUAUCACCCUGUAUAAAGGACUAUAAUUCUAUUUUGACUGGGAUAUUGUGAAUAUUAUCAGGAAUGGUGAACUAACUCUGGAUUUGUAUAAACCAGCCUGUCCACUUGUACAGCAACUGUUUAUUUAAAUAUAUCUAUUUAAUUCUGUUACGUCUCUGUUUAUACAUCCAGGUUAGGUAAGGAAGGACUCUGUGAAAGUCCAUGGAGUUAGUGGGAAGAAUCCACCUAACUGUAAUGGGCUGUGGGUGCAACCCCAGAAAAGAGUAAAGGACUAUGUGAGUACCUAGAGGUAAAGGUACAAAGACAUCAAUAUGCAAAAAUGUCUCAGGUAUAAAUAAACCCUUUAAAGUUAUUGAAAAAGGUCUUGUAUUUCUUACCUAGAGGUAGUUCAAUCUUGAAAGUUAAGUGAGGUUUAUGUAGAAGUAUAUAUAAAAUCUCACCUAUCUACACAUACACGGGCAAUUAACAAAAUGUGAUGGUUUUAAAUAUUUCCUUCCAAAUGUUAUAUUGAUACCUGGCAGCAGUAUGUGACCUCAAGAGUGUUUUUUAAGGUAGCAGUGAUUCUGUGGACUAAUACUGAAAAGGGGAUGAUGAUUAGGCUGCUGCUUGCAAAACGUUGAUAUCAAUGUGUAAGAUGAAAUAUUGUAACCUCCUCUCCAGUUGUCACUGAUUUUACUAUGUGCGGAUAUAAAUCUACAAAGAAUUGAGAGUUUUCUCAGUACCAGUCUCCUGAGCUUCAUGUUUACAUUAUAAUUAUAUCUUGUUGUUACAAUCUGUUCAAUAAUUAUAAUACCUGGAAACUGUAAUGCUGAUUUUAUUUAAUCACAUAAAACUUCUUAAGGUUUACAGCUUAAAGUAAUCUAAUGUUGUCGGGACCUAAGUGUUAAAGUUUCAAAUGCUUUCCUCAAAAAUGUCCUUUGAAUUUUGUGUUACGUUGUAAAAGGUCUAUUUGAAGCAUAUACUUUAUGGUAGUUCCUUUAAAAUGUAAUUUGUGAGCUUUAUACUCGACACAUUACAAAGGUUUUUUUGCAAUGGGUAAAAAGAAAUGUGAAAUUGUCCUCAGUCGAGAUGUGGUAUCGUCCGUUGUGUUGCACUGAGCCUGCAGAUCUGUGAAACCAUGGAUCUGAUUUAUCACUUCAAUUUCCUAGCUGUUUAAUUUGGACUGACGUUAGAGAAGUUACUUCAACAUAAAUGCAGAGUUACACAGGUGUGUACCCAGCGGGAUUUGUAAACUGCCCGGAGAAAGGAGAGCAGAGAGGGUUUGGCAGGUCAGCACGACUCCUAAAGCUCAGUUUUUGUUUGAUACGUUUUUCUAUUAAACUAAACAAAUGGAAGGGUUUUCAGGACAAAGAUGCAGAUGAAAGAAGCAGCGUUUCACUUAAUGUGCCAUCUAAAGCUGUUGAAAAAAUAUUGUAAUGCUAAAAAUGUGUACUAAUCACAAAUUUGUAGGUCAUUAGUCCACAGUGUUGACUAGUGCCUUUGGGUAUUUGGGGAACGAUCAUUAAAAUAACUUUCUUGUUUAAUGUAUGAUUUGCUUGUAAUACCUUCAUUAUUCUGGUUGGCCAUCAGUUCCAGCGUGCAGACUUCUUCUAGCAGCCAAACUGGCCUGUUAGAGCUCCAAGAGUGCUAAAUAUUUGGGUUAUGCUUUGGUAGGUUGAAAAAAGCACCAACUCCAGUUGACCACUGAUCUGCUGUCAGACCUGCCCUGAAGGUCACAGAACAUCUGGGCUCUCCUUAGUGUCUCUGAUACAUUGGAAUGGCUCUGCGCUAGUCGUCCAACAGGCUUGUGUCAAAUAUUCACAUUUUAAGUGCCUAGAUAUAUAUAUAUCUAUAUAUUUAUACAAUAAAAACAUGACUGUCUGCUGGGUAAAUAAAAUGAGUACUUAACUUGA